CGAGAUUAAUCCCAAACAGAUACCUGAUGAUUGGCAAGUUAUGGGUGUUGAAAUAGUAGAUAACCGACCAGAAGAUGAAACCAAAGCUGCUCCAGUCGAAGAUGUGGAGGAGGUACAGAUUGAUGACAGAGAUCCGAGCAGGAAAACUCAAAUUGGGACUAAAUUGAACCCGGAAGAAAGAGCAGAGCUAAUAGCUUUUCUUCGGGCCAAUAACGAUGUUUUUGCAUGGACUUCAGCAGAUAUGCCGGGAAUCCCCACUUCAGUUUUUCAACAUAAACUCAGCACCAAUCCCCUCAAGAAACCAGUAGCCCAAAAGCGACGUCUCUUCGGGGGGAAGAGGUUAAAGGUUAUUAAAGAGGAAGUCGAGAAGCUCCUACAAGCCGGCUUUGUUAGGAGGGAUUGUUAUCCAAUGCCAAACAUUGAUAAGCUGGUUGAGGCAGCUUCAGGGAAUGAGAGAUUAAGUCUCUUGGAUGCAUACUCAGGCUACCACCAGGUCCCAAUGGCUCCUGAGGAUGAAGAAAAAACCUCGUUCUAUGCCGGCGAUGAAAUCUAUUGCUACGUAAUGAUGCCUUUCGGCUUGAAGAAUGCAGGUGCCACUUACCAGAAGAUGGUUACCAUCGUAUUCCGAGCUCAGAUAGGACGGAAUCUGGAAGUUUAUGUUGAUGAUAUAGUGGUAAAGAGCUUGAAAGCCGACGAUCACUUAAUCGAUCUUGAGGAGACAUUCAACAAUCUCAGACAGAAUAGAAUGAGGUUAAACCUAGCCAAGUGCAUCUUCGGUGUGGAAUCUGGAAAAUUCCUGGGUUUUAUGGUUUCCCGGAGAGGAAUUGAGGUCAACCCAGAGAAGAUCAGAGCAAUUGCCGAGAUGGAACCGCCGAAGUCAGUAAAGGACAUACAUAGGUUGACUGGAAGGGUAGCAGCUCUUCAUCGGUAUCCUAUAGCUGAGAAAGCAGCUUUAGCAGUCAUCACUUCGGCCAGAAAGUUGAGGCCGUACUUCCAGUCGCACCCGAUCAUUAUUCUUACAGACCAACCCCUUAGGCAGAUUCUGCAAAAGCCUGAGUGUUCUGGAAGAUUAAUUAAGUGGGCAGUAGAACUGGGGGAGUUUGAGAUAACAUUUCAGCAGAGAUCUGCAAUCCGAGCUCAAGCACUGGCUGAUUUCAUUGUAGAGUGCACUCCAGGUAAUUCCAUUCCUACUCUGGAGCCCAAUGACUGGACCUUAUAUGUUGAUGGGGCAUCUAGUAGCAUAGGUUCAGGAGCUGGUGCUCUCUUAAUUGGCCCAGAUGGAUACCGAAGUGAACAUGCUCUGAAAUUUAACUUUGAUGCAACAAACAACAUGGCUGAGUAUGAAGCCCUGCUACUGGGUCUGCAGCUAGCCUUGGAAUUAAAACUCAGUGCGAUCCAAGUAUACAGCAACUCUCAACUGGUGGUGAACCAAAUUAACUCAAUUUGCGAAGUUUUUGAUCCUGUGAUGGUGAAAUAUGUAGCUCUGGUGGCGGAGCUGAAGUGCAAAUUCCAGAAAUUCUGUUUGAGCAAAAUUCCCCGAACUGAGAAUGAACAGGCAGAUUCACUCUCUAAAAUCGCCUCUGAUAGUUCUUCACAUCCCAGAUCAGUUUUUGUGGAGGUCUUAGAUGAACCAAGCUUCGUGAAGCCGCGGGUGAUGGAGAUCAGCACCAACCCAAGCACACCGAGCUGGACUGACCCAAUCCUUUCAUUCUUACGAGAUGGGAUAGUACCUGAGGACAGGCAGGAGGCAAUGAAGUUGAGGAGGAAAGCAUCCCGGUAUACACUUGUUGAUGGGGUUCUCUAUAAGCGAUCUUUCUCUCUACCUCUUUUACGGUGCUUGAAUCCCUAUGAAGUAGAAUAUGCACUCAGGGAGGUACAUGAAGGUGUCUGCGGAAGUCACGUAGGUGCUCGAACUUUGGCUCAUAAAGUCCUUAGACAGGGUUAUUAUUGGCCAAACAGGUACAAGGAUGCCACUCACUUUGUUCAGAGAUGUUUGAAAUGCCAAUUCUUUGCGCACCUGACUCACCAGCCUGCAGAAGAGCUCACUACUCUGGUAGCACCAUGGCCAUUUGCUCAGUGGGGAUUGGAUCUUUUGGGACCAUUCAUAAAAGGGGUUGGUGGUGUAACCCACUUAAUUGUUGGUGUAGAUUAUUUCACAAAGUGGGUUGAAGCUCGGCCGUUAUCCAGUCUUACUUCCAAGAAGAUUUCUGUUCCAGCUACGGGAUUAAACUGCAGUUCACCUCGGUUUACCAUCCAGAGUCCAAUGGCAUGGUCGAAUCUGUUAACAAGUGCAUCUUAGA